AUGUCAACUUCAAAAAAGAAAUUCACAAUGACUCGAGUUUUUGUUGAUCUGUUGGACUAUGCUGAGGAUUAUGAGGACUUUCAUCUAGGAGAGGAACACUUUCAUAUGCAUUGGAAUAUAUAUUUAUCUCGGGAGAAUGGAAACGCGGAAUUGCUCUUUUUUUUAAAUGAUCUGGAUCCUGUUGAUGAAGAUUCAGAGUCUACCGAUGAAACAUUUUUCAUCGAAGCAGAAAUAGAUGUCCAGAUGUUAUUGGAAAACAGGAGAAUUGAAAUAAAAAAUCAAAAAGUUAUCUGUCAGUCUCUGGAUGAUGACUAUUUUCACAAAGUCCGUCUUAUGAGCUGGGAAGACUUAAGAAGAAAAUGUUCAGUAUAUGGAGAAGUGAAAAUUGAAGUUCACUUUGAGAUCACUAAAAUGAGCGGAGUUUUGGCAAGAAAAACGUUUCUGUCGUUCCAAUCGACAUAUUUCAAAGCUCUUCUUCUUGGAAACUUCGAAGAAUCCAAGAAAUCGGAAGUGAUUCUUCAGGAUAUCGAUCACCGAGAUUUUCAGAAGUUUCUAGAAGUUCUAUACGGAGGAAACGCUAUUGAUGAUGACUAUUUCGAAAAUAUUCUCCGUCUCGCAGACAUGUACGAUGCUCCAAUUGCUCGUAGAAAAUGUGAGGAGUUUCUGAUGGAGAAAUCGAAAAAAUCAUUGAAAGAAAAACUUGAAUUAUCGAUGGAAUACAAUAUGGAGAAUGUAAAAGGAAAAUGCCUCUCUGAUAUCAAAACUGUCGCCGAUAUCCGAUCAGUUGUGCCUGAGAAUCUCGAAGAAAUGGAUCAUUCUCUCAUGGCGACACUUUUCCAAAAAGCUUUGAAUCUCAAUCUGUGUCAGUAUAAUGGGAACGUGGAGUUCUAUGCUAUCUCUUCCCUGACGGAAGAUGAUGGUUCUGUUGCUGGUUCUGUUGAUUCUGAUUGGUCGGAGCCAGACGGUGAAGAAUAUUGUGUCGAAACAGAAUUAGAUAUCAAGUUGACGUUUGCCGAUGGAAAAAAGAUUGAAGAAAAGAGAAAAUUUGAAUUCAAAAAUGGGGAUGACUCAAUGCAUGAAUUCAUGUGUAUUCCAUGGAGCGAUUUGAAAAGAGAGUGUUCAGUUGAUGGGAAAGUAAAAGUAGAAGUUCGUGUCAAAAUACUGAAAGCGACUGGAACGGAAACGAAGAAACUAAUGAAUUUCGAUGAAGCAAUGAAAGAUUUUUCGGAUGCUGUGCUUGUUGUGAAAAAAGAAAAGUUCUACAUAUCGAAACUGUUUCUCGCUUAUCAAUCAACGUAUUUCAAAUCGCUUCUUCUCGGUAGUUUCAAGGAAUCUAAAAAAUCGGAAAUAGCACUAAAGGAUAUCGAUCCCGAAGAUUUUCAGAAGUUUCUAGAAGUUCUGUAUGGAGAGGUUGCUGUUGAUGAUGACACUGUCGAAGGAAUCGCCCAUCUUGCGGAUAUGUAUGAUGCUCCUAAAGCUCUCAAAAGAUGCGAGCAGUUUCUAAUGAAAAAAUCGAGAAAAUCAUUGAAGAGCAAGCUGGAAUUGUCUGCGAAGUAUAAUAUGGACGGUGUGAAGAACAAAUGUCUCGGGGACAUAAAGAGCGUCGCCGAUAUUCAAUCAGUUCUACCUGAAAAUCUCGAAGAGAUGGAUCAUUCUGUUAUGGCAUCGGUUCUCAGAAAAGCUAUGUCUCAUCUUGUGUAA